GAAUCGCCGGGGCCGAAAACCUACUUAGCUAUGGAUUCAACUGCGCACUUUACGCGCGUCCAUCUCCGUCGCACAACCUCACCUCACAAGUUACAGCAUCCCAAAGUAAAGCUACACCCCGGGUUCACGAAUGCGCAUCCUCCCACGACCGUCACUUCUACCUCUCUUCUUUGCCCGCCCCCGGACACUGCGAUUCAUAGCAACUACAACUUUCCACGCUCCUCCGCCUCCUCCGCCAACGCCCCCGCUCACGAGGAGACCCCCGGCAACACUAGGAAUCAUGCCCGGCGGCGGCAACUCCCCGGUCACGGCGACGUCCAACAAGUCGUUCUACAUGCGUGAGCUGCCGAAGGAUAAGCUGGUGGGGUAUGACACGCCGGAGGGGAAGGAGCUGUUUAAAGAUGCUCUGUUGGGCGGAGGGCUGGAAUCGUUCUUUCCGCUUUCGCAGCAGUUUUUGACGCAAAACGAGCCAGCUUUCUGUGGCCUGGGAACCCUCUGCAUGAUUCUCAACGCACUCAAGAUCGACCCGGCAGCGACGUGGCGUAAGCCGUGGCGUUGGUUCACACAGGAAAUGCUGGACUGCUGCCGCCCGCUGGAAUGGGUGAAGCAGAACGGCAUCACCCUGGCGGAAUUUACCUGUCUUGCUAAGUGCAACGGGCUCGACGCCACCACGCGCUAUGCGAACCAGACAACGUUUGAGGAGUUUGAGCAGGCGGUCAAGGAUUGUACGCAGAGCACGGAUCAGCUGUUGGCAGUCUCGUAUUCCAGGGCGUCGUUGGGACAGACGGGGAGUGGACAUUUCUCGCCGGCGGCGGGGUAUACGCCCAUGAACGGUGGGAUGGUUCUGAUCUUGGAUGUGGCGAGGUUUAAAUAUCCAUCAUAUUGGGUCCCCAUCCGUGCCCUUUUCGAAGCUCUCGUUCCACCGGACAGCUCCACCGGCCAGCCACGCGGCUACUCCAUCCUCCGGCGGCCAUCCAAAGCGCAGCCCACACCAGCCCUCUUAACCCUUAACGCCACCACACCAAUCUGGCCAACCCUGUACGAACCGCUCGCCUUCGCUGCCUCCAAACGCUCCUCCUACUCCUCGCUCAUCAGCGAGCUCGCGCGAAUCCUGGCGAGUCCCAGCGGCCUUCCCACCGUAACCUCACGCUUCACUACGACCAAUGGCACCUCGGCGCUCACGCGUUCGCCCAGCUUCGACGUCACACUAGGCGCGCAAGCGCACAGCGACUACCGGCGGGGCGUAGCGCGGCUUCACCGAUACUUCGCCGAGAACUCGACGCUAUAUGCUGAAAUCAAAAACGCGGACGAGCUCUGGAAGACGGAGAUCACAGUGUUCAUGCUGGCGUUGCUGUCGUCGCGCGAUCUGAAGGAGCGCAUGUCGGAGGAGGUGAGGAAGCAGGUCGAGGAAAGGUUGAGGAGCGAUCUGGAGGAUGAGACUAUCAAGGCCGAGGUGGCCAUGGUCAGGAGACAGCUGGAGAGUCUGACGGAUUGUUCGCUCGAGGAGGGGAGCUGCUCGAGGCCAGCUGGAACAUGUUGUGGCGCGAAGAGCUGCAAGUGAUGGAUAUCGUUGAUUUUGUACCAAUAGUGAUGGAUUGAUCGCGUAGGAUUGCAGAAUGUAUGUACUUGGACUAUGAUACGUGCUCGUAGCCCUCAUGCAAGUCCAAUAGUGAUUCCGUAUUGAGACAUUAAUUUCAACUGGCAGAGGAGGUACUGCUAUCGACG